AUACAAAAUAGGAAAUACAAAAAGUAGUAAUCCUUCUACUUUCUUUCGAUGCCUUCCAAAAUCAAAACUAUCUUCUUCUCAAUUUUCCUCUUUGUCAUUUUCCGCCAACUCAGAACCUCAUCAGCCCAAACGGCAGUAAAAGCUGCGUAUUGGUUCCCGGAGAGUGAGUUUUCGGUCACCAGUAUAGACUCCUCCCUAUUCACAGUACUUUUCUGCGCUUUUGCUCAACUGAACCCCCAAAACUACCAAGUCUUCAUUCCUUCCCAAAAUGCCCAAAAGUUCUCAACUUUCACCUCCACCGUUCGACGCCGAAACCCCUCCGUCAAAACCCUCAUCUCCAUCGGCGGAGGUGCGGCCGACAAGUCCGUCUACGCCGCCAUGGCCUCGGACUGGAACCGCCGCCAAGCUUUCAUACAUUCUUCGAUAAGCCUGGCCAGGUCCAACAACUUCCUUGGCCUCGACCUCGACUGGGAGUACCCUUCGACCCCGGACCAGAUGACCCAGUUCGGCUAUCUCGUCGACGAGUGGCGCUCCGCUGUCGCCGAAGAGGCCCGGAACUCCGGACGACCGCCCCUACUUCUCGUGGCGGCGGUUUUCUACUCUUCUAGAUAUGAAACCGGCGAUGAAUACGUCGUCCCUGCCCUGGCGAGAAGCUUGGAUUGGAUCAACGUUAUGGGGUACGACUUCUACGCGCCGGAUUGGUCGAGCGUGACCGGACCUCCGGGAGCUCUGUACAAUCCGGGAAGGUCGGCAAAUGCCGACAACGGCAUCAGGGCUUGGAUUCAGGCGGGUUUCCCGGUUAACAAGAUAGUUCUGGGGUUUCCUUUCAUUGGGUAUGGAUGGACCCUUUUGAACCCGAGUAACAAUGGCUACUUUGCCCCGACGACCGGAGCUGCUUUUCCGGACAACGGAGCAAAAACUUAUCAGCAGAUCAAGGAGUUCAUAGCUAAUAAUAGGGCCACCGCAGUGUUCAACUCAGCAGUGGUAAGCGAUUACUGUUACUCUGGGAGGACUUGGUUUGGUUAUGAUGAUACUCAAAGUAUUAUAACUAAGGUUAGGUACAUUAAAGAGAAGAGACUACGUGGCUAUUUUGCAUGGCAUGUUGGAGGCGAUAACAAUAUGGGACUUUCUCAAACAGCAUCGCAGACAUGGGAUCAACAGAGCAUCAGUACUACUCAUGAAACCUAAUGAUGGGAGAAGGAUAUAAUAAAGUGUGGCAUUAUAUGGAGCCAUAUCGAGGAAAUCUCGUUAAAAUAAUGAAUAAAUGAACAAUGUGAAGUGGUGUAAUAAGUGGUGAUUUAUUAAUUAAAGGAAUUAUGAGACAAUAUAUGUACUGAGAAUGGUAACUGAUCGAAAUUCCUUAUAUA